GAUUGGAACCUGCGCAUGGAUCUGCCGUUGCCACGGGCUGCGUAGCUCGCGAGGUUUCAGCAUAGGAAAGAAAAACCAGGAAUGUAAAGAAGAAAUCAAGAUGGAUCGAAGUAUGGGUGUGGAUUCGGUCACCAUCUCUGUUGAGGGGAUGACAUGUAGUUCCUGUGUUUGGACCAUUGAGCAGCGGAUUGGAAAACUGAAUGGUGUACAUCAUAUUAAAGUUUCACUGGAGGAAAAAAAUGCAACUAUUAUUUAUGACCCUAGACUACACACUCCAAAGACCCUACUGGAAGCUAUUGAUGACAUGGGCUUUGAUGCUAUUCUCCACAAUCCUAAUCCUCUCCCUGUUUUAACUGAGACUGUGUUUCUGACUGUUGCUGCUUCACUGGCUGUGCCAUGGGACCAUAUCCAAAACACAUUGCUCAAGACCAAGGGUGUGACAGACAUUAAAAUUUCCCCUCAGCAAAGAACUGUAGUGGUGACGGUAAUCCCUUCUAUAGUGAAUGCCAAUCAGAUAAUAGAGCUGCUUCCAGAUCUAAGUUUAGAUACUGGAACUCUGGAGAAAAAGUCAGGAAAUUGUGAAGAUUACAGUGUGGCUCAAGCAGGUGAAGUCAUGCUGAAGAUGAAAGUAGAAGGGAUGACUUGCCAUUCAUGCACCAGCACCAUUGAAGGGAAAAUUGGGAAGCUGCAAGGUGUUCAGCGAAUUAAAGUUUCCCUGGACAACCAAGAAGCCACUAUUGUUUAUCAGCCUCAUCUUAUCACAGUAGAGGAAAUAAAAAAGCAGAUUGAAGCUGUGGGCUUUCCAGCAUUCAUCAAAAAACAGCCCAAGUACCUCAAAUUGGGGGCUAUUGAUAUAGAACGCCUAAAGAACACACCAGUCAAAUCCUCAGAAGGAUCACAGCAAAGGAGUCCAUCAUAUACCAGUGAUUCAACAGUCACUUUCCUUAUAGAUGGCAUGCAUUGUAAAUCAUGUGUAUUAAAUAUUGAAAGUACUUUAUCUACACUCCAAUAUGUAAGCAGCGUCACAGUUUCUUUAGAGAAGAGAUCUGCCAUCGUAAAGUACAAUGCAAGCUCAGUCACUCCAGAAACCCUCAGAAAAGCAAUAGAAGCCGUGUUACCAGGGCAAUAUAGAGUUAGUAUUACAAGUGAAGUUGAGAGUACCUCAAACUCUCCCUCUAGCUCAUCUCUUCAAAAGAUCCCUUUGAACAUAGCUAGCCAUCCUCUGACUCAACAAACUGUGAUAAACAUUGAUGGCAUGACUUGUAAUUCUUGUGUUCAGUCUAUUGAGAGUGUCAUAUUAAAAAAGGCAGGUGUAAAAUCCAUACAAGUAUCUCUUGCAAAUGGCAAUGGGACUGUUGAGUAUGAUCCUCUAUUAACCACUCCAGAAACUUUGAGAGAAGCAAUAGAAGACAUGGGAUUUGAUGCUGCCUUGUCAGAUACAAAUGAGCCAUUUGUAAUAAUAGCUCAGACCUCAUCGGAAAUGCCGCUUUUGACCUCAACAAAUGAAUUUUAUACUAAAAUGAUGACACCAAUUAAUGAUGCGGAAGCAAAGACUACAUCUAAGUGUUACAUACAGGUCACUGGUAUGACUUGUGCUUCCUGUGUAGCAAACAUUGAACGGAAUUUAAGACGAGAAGAAGGAAUAUAUUCUGUACUUGUGGCUCUGAUGGCUGGCAAGGCAGAAGUAAGGUAUAAUCCUGCUGUUAUACAACCCCCAAUGAUAGCUGAGUUCAUCCGAGAGCUUGGAUUUGGAGCCACUAUGAUAGAAAAUGCUGAUGAAGGAGAUGGUGUUUUAGAACUUGUUGUAAGAGGAAUGACAUGUGCCUCCUGUGUACAUAAAAUAGAGUCUAUCCUCACAAAACACAGAGGGAUCUUCUAUUGCUCUGUGGCCCUGGCAACCAACAAAGCACAUAUUAAAUAUGACCCGGAAAUUAUUGGUCCCAGGGAUAUUAUCCAUACAGUUGAAAGCUUAGGUUUUGAAGCUUCUUUGGUCAAGAAGGAUCGAUCAGCAAGCCACCUGGACCAUAAACGAGAAAUAAGACAGUGGAGACGCUCCUUCCUUGUGAGCCUCUUUUUCUGUAUUCCCGUAAUGGGGCUGAUGAUAUAUAUGAUGGCUAUGGAUCACCAUCUUGCAACUCUUCACCAUAAUAAGAACAUGAGUCAAGAAGAAAUGAUCAAAAUUCAUUCUUCUAUGUUCCUGGAGCGCCAGAUCCUGCCAGGACUGUCCAUUAUGAAUUUGCUAUCCUUUCUAUUGUGUGUACCUGUACAGUUUUUUGGAGGCUGGUACUUCUACAUUCAGGCCUACAAAGCACUGAGGCAUAAAACUGCAAAUAUGGAUGUACUGAUUGUGCUGGCGACCACCAUCGCAUUUGCCUACUCUCUGGUUAUUCUUCUGGUUGCAAUGUAUGAAAGAGCCAAAGUAAACCCUAUAACUUUCUUUGAUACGCCUCCUAUGCUAUUUGUAUUUAUUGCCCUGGGCCGGUGGCUGGAACAUAUAGCAAAGGGCAAAACAUCAGAGGCUCUUGCCAAGCUAAUUUCACUACAAGCUACAGAAGCAACUAUUGUAACUCUUGACUCUGAUAAUAUUCUCUUAAGUGAAGAACAAGUGGAUGUGGAACUUGUACAACGCGGAGACAUCAUUAAAGUUGUUCCAGGAGGCAAAUUUCCAGUGGAUGGUCGUGUUAUUGAAGGCCAUUCUAUGGUAGAUGAGUCCCUUAUCACAGGGGAGGCAAUGCCUGUGGCUAAGAAAUCUGGCAGCACAGUAAUCGCUGGUUCCAUUAACCAGAAUGGGUCGCUGCUUAUCCGUGCAACCCAUGUUGGAGCUGACACAACACUUUCUCAAAUUGUCAAACUUGUGGAAGAGGCACAAACAUCAAAGGCUCCUAUCCAGCAGUUUGCAGACAAACUCAGUGGCUACUUUGUUCCUUUUAUUGUUAUUGUUUCCAUUGCUACUCUCUUGGUUUGGAUUAUAAUUGGAUUUCUGAAUUUUGAAAUUGUGGAAACCUACUUUCCUGGAUAUAACAGAAGUAUCUCCCGAACAGAAACGAUAAUACGCUUUGCUUUCCAAGCCUCUAUCACAGUCCUGUGCAUUGCAUGCCCCUGUUCACUGGGACUAGCCACUCCAACUGCCGUGAUGGUGGGUACAGGAGUAGGAGCUCAAAAUGGCAUACUAAUCAAAGGUGGCGAGCCACUGGAGAUGGCUCAUAAGGUAAAGGUAGUGGUGUUUGAUAAGACUGGAACGAUUACCCAUGGAACCCCAGUAGUGAAUCAAGUAAAGGUUCUAGUGGAAAGUAACAGAAUAUCACGCAGUAAGAUCCUGGCCAUCGUGGGAACUGCUGAAAGUAACAGUGAACAUCCUCUGGGAGCAGCCAUAACCAAAUACUGCAAGCAGGAGCUGGACACUGAGACCUUGGGUACCUGCGUAGAUUUCCAGGUUGUGCCAGGCUGUGGUAUUAGCUGUAAAGUCAUCAAUAUUGAAGGAUUGCUACAUAAGAAUAACUGGAAGAUAGAGGAAAAUAAUAUUAAAAAUGCAUCCCUGAUUCAAAUUGGUGCAAGUAAUGAACAGUCAUCAACUUCAUCUUCCAUGAUUAUUGAUGCCCAGCUCUCAAGUGCUCUUAAUGCCCAGCAGUACAAAGUCCUCAUUGGUAACCGGGAGUGGAUGAUUAGAAAUGGUCUUGUUAUUAAUAAUGAUGUAGAUGAUUACAUGAUUGAGCAUGAAAGAAAAGGUCGGACUGCUGUAUUGGUGGCAGUUGAUGAUGAACUGUGCGGCUUGAUAGCUAUUGCUGAUACAGUGAAGCCGGAAGCAGAAUUGGCUGUCCGUAUUUUGCAGUCUAUGGGCUUAGAAGUAGUUCUGAUGACUGGAGACAACAGUAAAACAGCUCGAUCUAUUGCUUCUCAGGUUGGCAUUACAAAGGUGUUCGCUGAAGUUCUCCCUUCUCAUAAGGUUGCUAAGGUGAAGCAACUUCAGGAGGAGGGGAAACGGGUUGCAAUGGUAGGAGAUGGAAUCAAUGACUCUCCAGCUCUGGCAAUGGCUAAUGUUGGGAUUGCCAUUGGCACAGGUACAGAUGUAGCCAUUGAAGCAGCUGAUGUGGUUUUGAUAAGGAAUGAUCUUCUGGAUGUAGUGGCAAGUAUUGACUUAUCAAGGAAGACAGUCAAGAGGAUUCGGAUAAAUUUUAUUUUCGCUCUGAUUUAUAAUCUAGUUGGAAUUCCCAUAGCUGCUGGAGUUUUUAUGCCCAUUGGUUUGGUUUUGCAGCCCUGGAUGGGAUCUGCUGCAAUGGCUGCUUCAUCUGUUUCAGUAGUACUUUCCUCUCUCUUCCUUAAACUUUACAGAAAACCAACUUAUGAGAAUUACGAACUGCAUGCCCGAAGCCAGAUGGGACAGAAGAGGCCUUCAGAGAUCAGCGUUCAUGUUGGAAUAGAUGACACCUUGAGAAACUCCCCUAAACUGGGUUUGCUGGACCGGAUUGUUAAUUACAGCAGAGCCUCCAUAAAUUCACUGCUGUCUGAUAAACGGUCCCUCAACAGCAUUGGUACCAGUGAACCUGAUAAGCAUUCACUUCUGGUGGGAGACAGUAGGGAAGAUGAUGACACCUCAUUGUAACAGGCCGCACAGAGUACUACUAGCUGAUGUUGUAACGUGCUGAUACAGCAUUAACGAUAUCUCCUUAACUUCUCGAAAUACUGUGGAAGGACUUUCUGUUGGUCUCAUGCCCUUAUGUUAGGGAAUAUCUUUGAAUUGCAUUUGUCUAAUGGCAAAAAUAUCUUUUUUUCAGAGCAUUAGCUCUCAACCUAGCUUUAUUUAAGGUGAAUUGCCAAUACUUUUUGUUUUCACUAGGAACAGAUAAGGUAGGCCAGUGAGGUUUACAACAAGCCCCACAAUUGAAGAUUGCGGAAUUGCUGCUAAAGUGACAGAUGACUUUUUCUUUGACCAAAAAGAAAAGGCUCAAGAAAAAGGAUACUUAAAAGUUUGAAGAUCUGAGACCAUGAUCUUGAGGACAUUCUUGAGCUCUCAGCCCUGCCAGGUUGGGGAACAAGGGCUUUUAAAACACUGUAUAAAGCAUCUGGUUUUAGACGGAAAACAGUAGAAACUGUUUAAAAAUAGACGUGCCUUAUUUAUUAUAGGCUUUCUUCUCCCCUGAUUGUCCCUGCAUCUUUGUCUUUGCAGUUGUUUCUUAGAUGCCUUAGUAUGAUUCUUUAUUGUUGUUGUUCUUUACAGUGAGUUAAGUGUAGGUGAUUUUUGAUUGAUAAAAAUAACUGAUAACUUUUCUAAUAUCAUCUUCCUUUAUUUAUCUUGUAGCCCAAAAGACCGUAAGGGUCCAGAGGGUUCCUUGUUUCCUAUAUUUCCACUGUAAAAAAAAAAAUGGAUUGGAUUCUUCUUUCAUUGACACCCUAGCUCUGUACAAACCUUCAAUUCACUCCUGCUGACUUUCACUGUAAAUUGUUCUUAAUCUAUCAGCCUCAGUCCAGAAACUUAAGAUUUUUUUUAUUAAC